AAUGAACAAUAACACUUAGCACGGGGGCAACGCUAUCUGUAACCAUGGUAUAUAUAUAGUAAUAAUAACCAGCGGUAUGCGAUAGUCAGUGAAGAGUGUAAUGUUAAAAAACGAAACACAACCCCCGAAUGUGGUAAUACAAUUUAUAAACCGCGAAUCAUCAAGAAUCUGCGACUUUUAAGAAAUGUUUGGUUGUUUAGUGGCGGGUAGAUUGGUGCAGACAGAUGUGCAGCAGGUUGCAGAGGACAAGUUUGUGUUCAACCUCCCUGACUAUGAGACUGCUAACCACGUGGUGGUGUUCAUGCUGGGGACUGUGCCUUUCCCUGGUGGGAUGGGAGGAGCGGUGUACUUCUCUUACCCUGACCCCAGCGGGCUGCCAGUGUGGCAGCUCUUAGGAUUCAUCACCAAUGAGAAACCCAGCGCCAUCUUCAAAAUUACAGGCUUGAAGUCUGGGGUAGGAGGCCAGCAUCCCUUUGGAAUGAUGAGCAUUCCGCAGACUCCCUCUGUUGCUCAGGUGGGCGUGUCUAUAGAACCGCUGGAACAGCUGGUGCAGCAGACCCCAGUGGCCAGUGCAACUGUAUCCACAGUUGACUCUUUCACACAGUUCACACAGAAGAUGAUGGACAGCUUGUAUAAUUUUUCUUCAUCGUAUGCAGUGACGCAAGCUCAGAUGACUCCCAAUCCUUCUGAGAUGUUCAUCCCUGCCAGUGUUAUUUUGAAAUGGUAUGAAAACUUUCAGAGAAGAAUGGUCCAGAAUCCUAAUUUUUGGAAAUCAUAAAAUCUCCUUCAACAACCAUGAAGAGUCUGAAACAACCUUGUGUAUUUAAAUCCUAUUUUCCCAUAUCACUAGGCUUGAUUUAUAACACACCAACACUCAGCAUCUGAGUUCACAGGGAUUUUAGUUUUCAACAAAAGACAAUUAUGCCAUUCAUGCAAAAAAAGUGAUUUAUAUAUUUUUUGUUUGAUAUACAAAUAAAUUUGGAUUAAACAUUA